CUCAUCCGCCUUCACAUAAGGCGCAUACUUUCGUUGCAUCCUGGGUACCGUGGGAGCGACAAAUUCCUUUUAUGAUCAGGAAAUAGGCGGAUUUGGAUAAGCGCUAUCAUAAAGAGGAUGUAAUUAUACGCUACCCAAAUGCGUCAUGGGUCUCUCAACGCAUCCGUGAUCUUAUUCGUUUUCUAAUCUUCCAUAUCCGUUUCCCGCUUUCCACGAAAACUCUCCUCAUUGGUGAUCGUUAUCCGUCACCACUAAAAAUCUUCCCUAUAUUAGCAUCUUUCACUUUUUUACUCCUCUCUCUUUUAUCGAUUUCUGUUAUGCUUUCACAUCACGCCUUCGGCUUCUGUCUUUCGGGAUCUCUCUAGUGCCACCAGUUCGUAAAAGUCGCGACGUAUAACAGAAUAUAACUCGGGAUUUUUCUAAAUAUAUACAUUUUAAUAUUUUGUUAAUCAGUCCGAGUAUCAGAAUUGCGCAAUACAUUGAGUUAACCGUCACAAGUGCAACCACCACUCAGACGACCCGAGUCACCAGAGACGACAGCCAGGCCCCCGAGAUCCAAAAAUAUUUACACAUCACGAAUCAACGAAAUGAGUACCCUACAUGGAGAGGAUAGAGCCGAACCCCUCGCAUUAGCAAAUCAAGACCUGCUCAAGGCUAGCGACGACGCGCUAGCAGCACAACUAAGGGCCUUUUCUGAACUUCUAUUCCCAACCGAAAGUACUCCACUACCAAGCCCUUCAGACGGGAAUACCUCGUCGACACCGAACAUUAUUUUACAAAAGUUAUACAUAAUAAAUUAACCGGAGAAGCACGAAGAUCAAUUCAAGGCCAAGAUUUUACGCGAAUCAAUCAAUUAACUAGAUAUUUAAAAAGCAAUUUUGCAUCCUCAAAAAGUUCGUAUCAAUUACAAACCGAAUUAGGGCGUAUGUAUCAAAAAGCUAAUGAACCGGUACUUUCUUAUACCAAUAGAGUAAAAACUACCGGUAAACGAAUUUUAGAAGCCCAUCGUACGGAAGCUAAUGGAACAAUAGAUCAAAUUUAUAAAUCAAAUUUAGAAAGAGGAAUAAGCCGUAGCUUUAUUAAAGGAUUAACGACUAAAAUAGAAGGAAGAAUACCUAGAAACUUAGAUGUAAUCGCGACGGUAAACGAAGCUCUAAGAAUCGAAAAAUAAUUAGAGGAAAUUACUGAAAUACAAGAGAUACGAGAUUCCUCAUGUACUAAAAUUCAUGUCGGAUCUGUCGAAAAAUGGGCCACACUGCGGAAAGGUGUCGAUUGUAUUUAUAGAAUACAACAACCACUACCACAGAUAAUGAAAUUUUAUUGUGCCAAAUUUGUAAAAACGCGGACAUAGUGCUGCCAAAUGUCGAUUAAGAGACUCUACUGUUAAAAAUUCUGUUAAAAUUGUUCAGAGUAAUAUUCAUGUCAAAUCUGUUCUAAAUCUGGCCACACCGCGCAAAAUUGUCUGUUUAAUAAUCAACCUAGUAUUAUUUGCCAAAAUUGUCAAAGAUACGGCCAUAGUUCCGGCGAAUGUAGGUACAAUUCAUUUUCUAAUAAUAAUAUCGUCUGUCAAAUGUGUAAUAAGACCGGUCGUAAUGCAAAAAAUUGUUAUUCUAAUACUAAUCGUAAUUCAGAAUUUAAUAACGAAAUUUGUCAAUGGUGCAAUCGACGCGGACAUCCGGCAUCUCAAUGUCGAGAAAGACAAAACGAAAAUAGUAAUCGGUCGAAUGUUUGCGAAAGGGGAUCAGCAAUCAUAUCCGAUAAUUCCAUGAACGUAAGUGACCCAUUGGAGUAGGAAUAUCGUGAGGAUGAAUUUCAUCAUCCCGAAGUCCAUCUGAAAUUUAUAUGUUUUUCUGUGUUGGUCGUAUAUAAGAUAUCCGAAGCUUGUUAGGGUGUAUAAUACGACUAUUCUUUUUCAGUUUAAUCCCGACGUUAUUUCUAUUUAAGAUUUCUAGCACCUCGUGUGGGCCAGUGUAUUGAUCUCCAAAUUUUUCGAGUUUUGGUCCUUUUAAUAAAAAUACGUAAUCUCCUCGUUUGAAUAUUAGAGGGUUAAUUCUUUUAUCGAAAGGAAUUUUAGAUUUCGUCUUAGCGUGUAUUAAAUUGUCGUUAGCUUUCAUCUGAAUCUGAUGUAAUCGCGUAAAUAAUUGUAUUAAAUAAUCGUCGUGUGUUGUGACCUUCACCACCUGUCGCGCGGCGGGAAUGUCUUUUCUGGUACGGUGAGAGGAGACCGGUCAGUGCGAGCGGUCAGCUCGUUGAAGCGGCGGUCGCGGCCCUUGAAUGGCUCGUCGGAUUGCCGGGUUCGUUUGCAAUAAGUUUGGGAGAGUUUUGGUUAACAAACAAAAGAUUUAUUCUUGAUUACAAAAAGGCAGUCUCAUAUGCGAGCGGAUGUCGGCUCGGUAUUUUAAACCGUUUUUCCGGGUAGACGCUAGAUGCGUCGGAACGUGUUGUUGCUGUCGUCGGUCGCGUAUGUUUUGACAGCUCAGCUGAUCUUCGAGUUUCGCGGUGAGACGGUUGCGCGGGACGGUAUACGCAGCGAUGUGUACACGGUUGUCGUACGAGUGACGGUCGGUAGAGUCGCGGGCUUUUGAUCGCACGGUGUAGUCGCUGUUUGACAGCGCUACGCAAAUCUUCGCGAUGUUUCUCCGCGACGUCGUUUUAAAUGCGCCGGAGAGUUCAAUGCGGAAGCCACGCGCAGGUGGCACGGAAACGGAGCCUCGGAGGCCCCACGGAGUCGGGAACGGUCGGAACGGCAACCAGGAGGUACCCGCGGUAUCGAGUGUCGCUCCUGCGUUGGCGUAUACUCUCCGUGAGGACUACGGCACCGGGAGAUCGCGGAAGAAACGCGGCACGACGGUGUGUUCACUGGAAAACGGUCGACGUGAUCUCGGAGGCGUCUCUUCGUGAGGGGAGUCGGGGCCGAGAAAUCUAGGCGAAGACGGCGAACGACGCCACCCCCGAACCCGUUAACUCCUUCGUCGAAGUUUGCUCCCGCGUGCUUACUAACUAUCUUUCGCUCGCUCGGUUGCUCGCAUGCAUUGCGGUGAACGCGAGGGUCCCGGUGUCCCUUUCGGUGGCGGUGACUUGGCCGAGAAUACUCGGCUGAGACGGUGCAGUCGCCACCCCGGACUUAUCUGGCCGGAUGUCGGUCGGUCGGAAGCCGGCCAGGAACCGGGAACUCCCGGAGGAGACGGCAAUACACCGUCUUGAGGAAGGGUGGCGAGUACGGCUGCGGACGCGCAGCUGAAACGGUGAACGCACCGUCUCGGCCCCUCGGCAAGCGGGAUCACGAGUGCGGCUGCAAACACGCAGUUGGGACGGCGAAUACACCGUCUCGGUUCCUCGGCACGGAGGAUCGGGAUCCGGAACAGCCAGCGAACGUAUCGCUCUGGCUGACUCCGGCGGAAUCGGAUGCUUCCGCCAGUCGGAUUUUAUAUCCGCUGGCGGGUCGGUGUUUAUGUUUGGUGACACGCACGUGAUCGUGCUUCUGGCGGAAGCGCGUCACGUGCGUGUCGUGUGGAUUAGUGUGGCGCAAAGAGCCGGUGAACGAUCCGACGGAUGGUCGGUCGGGUCGCAGGGGGCAACGGUGCAAACGCACCGUUUCAAAUUAAGUAAAAUUUUGAGGGCAAAUAUUCAAAUUUCCCCCAAAAAUUCUCUAUAAAAGGUUAAAUAAAAAAGGAGAAUGGAAUUUAAAAAAAACAAAAUCCUAUCGGUAUCAUAGGAUGUAUUCUAAAAAAUUCAAUGAGACCCAAGAAGGAUUAUUGCAAGCUUCUUGUGAGAAUAUUAAGACCCAAGAGAUUAAAAAUUCAAAUGUUUGUUCUCUAAUUCAUAAUAGAUUAAUGGGAAAUUUAGAUAAAAUUCUAAUAAGUAAUUUUUCAAAUUCAUUUGUUUAUAAAAUUCAAGCUCGUAGACAAGUAAAGAAUGUUGAUAUUAAACGUAAUCUAAUUCAUACAAUUUCAGUUUCAGCUUAUUCGAAACCUGCAAUCAGUGCCGGCGGCACUUUGACUUUUAUAUUCAUCGCCGACAGACAAUACAUUAACGUGAAUAUACAGACUGACGAAAGAUUUCAAAUGAACAAUAUCAUAAAUUAUUGUAGUAACAAAUAUCGAAUGUAUAACUGCUAUUACAGUUGACAAUAUAUUUAACCGCACAAUCUUAAACAUCUACGUUUUCCAAGUACAUUCUGUAAAAGCUCACAAAGAUAAUCAAUUAUAUAACUUAACAGGUUCGAUUAAUCAAAAUCACUCGAAUUAUGACGAGAUAAAUAUAUACAAUAUAUUAGAUUCAACAAUAUUUCGUCACUGUUUUUACUUACUGAAAACAAAAUCAACUAUGAUGCAUGUGUUACAACAUUACAUAUUUAAUUCUCAGGAUGAUAAAAUUCUAAUUUCAGAAACAAGAAAAACAAAAGAACGUAACACGACGAUCACAGAUACUAUUAAAGACGAUGACAAUAAUGGCAUACAAGUUCACAGAUUACCUUAUGGUAGUAAGCAUAACUGUUACAAAACUAUAUUAAGCAUAAUUGUUGUCGAAAAUAUUAUAAGAAAUUAUUAUACAAAUUUCCAUACUAAAAUCCAUUUGCAAUUGUUAAAAACAAGGAAUUGCUACUGUAAACAACUGGUCAAAUUAUUAAAGUUGAAUAUUUUAGAUUGCAUGAUUUUAGAAAAGAACAAAUAUAUUUCAAAAUUUGUAACAAAAGAAUCAAUAUUCUUUUGAUUUGCUGUUGAUAUUGGCAUACGCAUCGCAAAUCUAUAUAUCGAUCACAUACAAACACAUAUUAAAAGCACCCAAAAAUACAAAAUUCUUCAAAUUUAUAAAAGAACACAUUCAUAAGAAAAAAGACAAUUUCUAGAUGUUAGAGAUAAGUAUCAAUCCAUGAUGUAUAUAUCUCGUAUCUUGAACGAUAAUCAAAUUAUGCACACAGAUUAUUACGUUAUUUACAAGAAAGAAAUUUUAUUCAUAACACAUUGUAUUAACCAUUUUAAACUGUAUCUAUACUGGCAAAGUUUUACUUUUAUAACAAAUUAUAAAACUCUAGGACGAUGUAAGAAUGCUCAAAAUAUAUGUAAGCAAAUACUUCAAUGGAGGUCAAAAUUUCUUGAAUACAAUUAUGAUGCAAUAUACAAAACAGGGAAACUGAUUGUAAACGCGAUUACAUUAUUAGUAAAUUUUAUAGAAAUUACACUCCGAAAUUAUAAAACAAUCGGCCGUAAGUUUAAAAUAAAUUAUAAUAGUCCGAAGGACGCUACUUAUGGUGAACAACUAUGGGAAGAAGAUACUGAGCCAAAGAAACCAGACGAGAAUAACAAUUACGAACUAUAUUUGUUAGAUAUGGAUGAGAUGGACGAUUUUCUGACCGCCGAUUCCACGCCCUUUACCUCACAGAAACUGGCUGAGUCGUUGGGAAAACCAAGAAUUAAGACGCAUGUCUACGCGCACAACACAAUCGUAAAAAUACCUAAACCGACCAAGGAGCAGGUACAUGCAUCCGAGUCAGCGGACACUCCUCGUUACAUAGUUACGAGACGUGGAGUCAACCGAUUACCGGAAGCAGAUGAUCUGUUCGAUGAAGCCGUAAGGACGAGAGGAUGCAAUCUACUCUUAAAUCCUUUACGAGACUAUUCCACUGACGAAGGGAACUUCGUCGACCAACCACAAACAACUGAAAGAAGACCAGGCAUAAGUAAUGUCUAUGAAGGGAUAAAUGCAGGUGCAAAGAAAUUAUACAUUGAAGAGUCCUUGAAGAGAUCGAAUUGGAAAAUGACUCGGAAAAAGAACCAAAUCAUAAUUUGGUCCUAUCAUUUCGUCAUAAAUAACAUGAUGUCUAUAAGGAGCAACAAGUUGUAAGAUCGGACUCAAGCAUAAAAAAAAGCCGAUCCAAUCUCUGUAAAAAUAUUAUAAAUUAGUUUUACAGGCAACUAUCUACCGGUUGCAUUGCAACAGGCUUGUAUCAACUACGACAUCCUAACGUAAUACCAAAGCCUCGGACAGAUUUCUCGUAGAAGGUAAAGUUGGGCAGACAUAUAAAUUUUAUACGAAACUAUAGAAUGGGUGGCAGCAUUCGUCCAACUCUCAAUGGAAAGAACAUAUCUAUUGGAAUGCAACAAUCUACGAAAGCAGCUCAUCAUCUCAAGAAACGCGCAACACUUGGACAACCUGGUGAUAUAUAUUUCCCCUUGUUAUUUAAAGUAAAGGAGAUAAAAUUUUACUUAUUAUUGUAUAUUAAGGUUCAAAAUAUAUAUGAAAGUUAGGAUUGCUUACUUAGCAUAUA